AUGGCCUUCCCAAGAUCCAUGUGGCUGAACUGUGUGUGGAGAGCAAUACUAGUCCGCCUCUUGCACAUGGGCUUGGAUGCCACAUUCACGUUUUGCAUACUUGGUUUCUUGCUUCACGCCGCUGCCGUGUCGUCGCAAAAAUUGGAUGAUACGGACCCAGUGGUGACGACCAGCUUUGGUAAAGUCAGAGGGAUGAAGAAGGAAUUAAACAAUGAGAUUUUGGGACCAGUCAUCCAGUUCCUUGGGGUUCCUUAUGCUGCCCCGCCCAUCGGGGAGCGUCGAUUUCAACCUCCUGAACCACCGUCUCCCUGGCCAGAUAUCAAAAAUGCUACACAGUUUGCUCCGGUGUGUCCCCAGAACAUUAUAGAGGGCCGGUUACCUGAAGUCAUGCUUCCUGUCUGGUUUACUAAUAACUUGGAUAUAGUUUCAACCUAUGUACAAGAUCAGAACGAAGACUGCCUGUAUUUAAAUAUAUAUGUCCCGACUGAAGAUGGUCCCCUAACAAAGAAACAGACAGAUGAUUUAGGUGAUAAUGAAGGUGCGGAGGAUGAAGACAUUCGAGAUAGUGGGGGGCCCAAACCAGUGAUGGUGUAUAUUCAUGGAGGGUCCUACAUGGAAGGCACUGGAAAUUUAUAUGAUGGCAGUGUCCUGGCGAGUUAUGGCAAUGUGAUAGUCAUCACCGUCAACUACCGGCUUGGGAUUCUGGAUAGUAAGAGUGUUUGA